UGAGCGGAAAACCCCGAAGCAAAGCAUCGGUCUUCGGACAGACCCCCGUCCUGUCCCCAGCAGACCUCAUCCCAUGAGAACUUUCUAUGUGCUUUAAUUGAAGACAUCAGCGGUGAAGAGGCUGUGAGAUGCUGUUGCCGGGUGAACUGUGACGCACCAGUUGACGGAACUGACUGACAGCUGGUGAAGUUUACGUCGGCAUUUUUCAACAGACAGACUUUAAAAUCCACAUCACAAGACCCCGGCGUCACUACUGAAAGACCCAGAGAGGUGGAUGAUGGAGAAUGAAGGAUUUUGCAACGAAAAUUAUAAUGGUGAAAGCAGCGAUGAUGAGCUGGUGGAUAUUUCAGAUGUUACGGUGGAUUUCAGUGAGGAUGUGCCGCCUUUGGACCGAGAUUACAGCGCGGGUCGCUGUAAAGGAGAGUGGAGACACAACAGCAGUCCAAAGCUGAUAGAUCUGUUAGAUGAGACUGUUCCUGGCAUUGGAACCUACGAGGACUUCAACACCAUUGACUGGGUUAGGGAGAAGUCAAAAGACAGAGACCGGCAUAGAGAGAUCACAAACAAGAGUAAGCAGUCUACAAUAGCACUUCUUUUCAGCAUCAGUGAUGCUUUUUCUGGCUGGCUUCUUAUGCUCCUCAUCGGACUCAUGUCAGGGGCUUUGGCUGGAGGGAUAGACAUUGCUGCCCACUGGAUGACAGACCUUAAAGAGGGCGUGUGCCUGAACGGGUUUUGGUUUAACCGUGAGCACUGCUGCUGGGCAUCCAAUGAGACCACUUUCCAGGAAAGAGACAAGUGUCCUCAGUGGAGAAGCUGGGCGGAGCUCAUGGUUGGAUUCAAUGAGGGGGCCAGUGCAUAUGUGGUGAAUUAUCUGAUGUAUGUGUGCUGGGCUCUUCUCUUCGCCUUCCUGGCUGUGUCUCUGGUGAGAGCCUUCGCCCCCUAUGCUUGUGGUUCAGGAAUACCAGAGAUCAAGACCAUCCUGAGUGGCUUUAUAAUCAGAGGGUACCUGGGGAAGUGGACUCUGAUCAUAAAAACCAUCACACUGGUGCUGGCUGUCUCGUCAGGCCUCAGUCUGGGGAAGGAGGGCCCGCUGGUUCACGUAGCCUGCUGCUGCGCAAACAUCCUCUGCCAUUUCUUCACUAAAUACCGUCGGAACGAGGCCAAGAGACGAGAGGUUUUGUCUGCAGCAUCCGCAGUGGGGGUUUCUGUUGCGUUUGGUGCUCCUAUCGGAGGGGUGCUUUUCAGUUUGGAGGAGGUCAGUUACUACUUCCCUCUGAAGACUUUGUGGCGUUCGUUCUUUGCUGCUCUGGUUGCUGCCUUCACCCUUCGCUCCAUAAAUCCCUUUGGCAACAGCCGUUUGGUUCUUUUUUAUGUGGAGUUUCACACUCCCUGGCACCUUCUAGAACUCUUACCUUUCUUACUACUGGGCAUCUUUGGGGGCCUUUGGGGGGCUUUCUUCAUUCGUGCUAACAUUGCUUGGUGCCGUCGGCGGAAGACCACCUGCCUUGGGCACUACCCUGUUGUGGAGGUUCUGGUGGUGACCCUGGUUACAGCAUUACUGGCAUUCCCAAACGAGUACACCCGGAUGAGCAGUAGCGAGCUGAUCUCUGAGCUGUUCAACGACUGUGGUCUGCUGGACUCAUCGAAGCUCUGUGACUACACCGGCUUUAUCGGAAACAGACCAGGAAGCGUUAAUGCUAGUGAGGCUGCUAACGGUCUGGCGGAUCGCCCGGCUGGACCAGGCCUCUAUACGGCAAUCUGGCAGCUAUCACUGGCACUGGUCUUUAAGGCAUUCAUCACUGUGGUUACAUUUGGCAUGAAGGUGCCAUCUGGACUGUUCAUCCCCAGUAUGGCUGUGGGUGCCAUAGCUGGCCGACUGCUUGGUGUUGGCAUGGAACAGCUGGCCAUCUAUCACCAUGAUUGGCCUGUUUUCAGAGGCUGGUGCUCUCCUGGGACGGACUGCAUCACACCAGGCCUGUAUGCCAUGGUGGGCGCGGCAGCCUGUCUGGGUGGUGUGACCCGUAUGACAGUUUCUCUGGUGGUCAUCAUGUUUGAGCUGACGGGUGGUUUAGAGUACAUUGUGCCCCUCAUGGCAGCCGCUAUGACCAGUAAAUGGGUCUCGGACGCUCUGGGUCGUGAGAGCAUCUACGAGGCCCACAUCCGUCUUAAUGGUUACCCCUUCCUGGAGCCCAAAGAGGAAUUCCGCCACAAGACUCUAGCCAUGGACGUGAUGCGCCCGCGGCGGAGUGACCCACCACUAUCUGUGCUGACCCAGAGUGGAAUGACGGUAGAGGAGGUGGAGAGGGUCAUCGCAGACACCACAUACAGCGGCUUUCCUGUCACCAUCUCACAUCAGUCUCAGAGACUGGUGGGCUUUGUGUUGAGAAGGGAUCUAGUCAUAUCUUUAGAAAAUGCAUGCAGACAUCAGGAGGGUGUGGUUAGCGUGUCUACCAUCCUGUUCACAGAGAGUACUCCGCCCUCGACGCCCAACGCUCCUCCUGCAGUAAAUCUGCGCAGCAUCUUAGAUCUCAGCCCCUCAACCAUCACUGUUCACACACCCAUGGAGAUCGUGGUGGACAUCUUCCGCAAGCUUGGCCUGCGCCAGUGCCUCGUCACUCAGAAUGGGCGUUUGCUGGGAAUCAUUACUAAAAAGGACAUUCUGAAACACAUGGCGCAGCUGGCCAACAGAGAUCCAGAUUCAAUCCUCUUUAACUGAAGGCUCUCAAGACUCAAUAUAAAGGGCAAACCCACUCUUCUGCACAAACUGAUGGCUGAACUAUCCUGUGAUGAUGGUGGUAGGAGUAUGUGUGUGUAUGUCACUGUUGCUAUUUUAGAGCUGUGUGAGAGGUUCCUACGGCACUAGAACUGGACAUGUUUUGACAGGAGCAGCAGUCCCGACUCCUGAAACUUCUGUGGCUGAUUAGCCUAUCCUGAGGCUAAAAAGACAUUAAUGUGAAACUGUUGUCCUCUCACCCAUGGAAACCUCAUAUCAGCCCCGAUACAUACUUUUGCCAUCAAGACUGCAGUACUUGACAACUUCCUAUGUGGACUAUGCUUUUCUCACUCACGCAUACACUCAAAUUGAAGGACUUUUUUGAGCUGUUUAAUUAUUUAUGGUGCAUUUGUCAUCCUGCAGUGAUGUCUGACCUCAAAAGGAAACUCAGAAGGGUGAGAACAUUCCUUAGAGGAUCUGGGAACAUGUGCUGAUGGUGUCAUGUCAGAACCUGUGUGUGUCGAGCAAUCCCCGUGGGAAGAUGUACCGGUCUUUUGUACAUAUGCAUUUGAUUUAGUGGAAAAGAGAUUUGGUGCAUCAUGUUAAGUCACAAAUGCUCUUCCUGUGUUUCACUAAUACUCACUAACUAACUAACCUCAGUAGUUAUUUUUCUUCAUUCCUCACUCUGAAGACUUAGUGUGCCAUACUGUCUAAGUGUUUAUGUGUACGCUUGACUUCAAGUUGGACAGCAGCCAGUGUUCAUUUUAUGUGCCUCAAUAGUUCUUAGUUAUGCUUUAUGUUGAAGAGGCCUUAUCUUUGUCUUUUUCUCUCUCACAAAUGUUGUGAGCAUAUUGAGUUUUGCAGUGUCUUAUGUUCUCCAAAAUGUAAAUCUGUAGUGGUUACAAAAUGACCAAUGUCCUCUCUGCUUCCAAAAUGAAACAAACUUUGUACAGAUCUCCAAUGUAGCCACAAGGAGGCACUAUUUCACAGAUCGCCAGUCUGAACUGUGUGUGCCGUCUGAUUGACUCUUGGCCGGGUUCACUCACUGGGUGGGUUACAGCAAGUUUACAUGUCAUUACCUCAGGGACUCUUUUUGCAAUCCCUUGGUUUCUUUAUCCUCAUGUCUGAGCGCCUGAACCCUUACAUACUACACAUCUUUGGUGAUGUGUAGGUGAUUUUAUAUUCCGCACCUGUUCAGACAUAAAUUCUCAUUCUUAAUCUACCACCCACUAGUCCUUCCCACGUAACCAUGCACUUGUCCUCAGACAACCUCAGUGAAGCAUCAUCCGACACCUCCCUUUUUUGACCAUGAGGAUUUGAUCAUGAAUUAACAAGAUCCUCCCUGUAAUGAAAGGGGCGAAAUGUUUGAUAGUUAUGUACUGUAGUCUCUUUGUUCGACUUUAUGUUUUGAAACCUCUUCCCUCCCACCCCCUGUCAGUUCAAUGCAUGUUUUACCCCCUUUGGCAGUUUGAGUUUAUGGCCUCUUAAAGACAUUCUACUUAUUUUCAUGCUUUGUCUUUCCCUGCUCAUUGUAAUUCCCGGGAGUUAGAUUCGGGGUAGGGAGGUCGGAGAGGGCUAUUGUUCCCGCUCGCUUCUGUUCGUCUGGGCUCUCAGUCGCCAGGAUGUCCCCUGACUGCUUCCCUCAAGCACCGUCACGCAGCCCGACCGCCUUCCACUCUUAGAAAGACAAUUUCCGGUUCGGCCUUUAAACAACGGGCAAUUGUACACUGCUAUAAUACAGCAGGGAAAAAAUACAUUCUUGCACUCUGAUUACUAAAAGUAAAGGUGUUUGUGUGUGAGGGGACUGUGCAGGUGUCAGAAGGAGGGAUUAUGACUUUUUUUUUUUAUACCCUCCUAGGAAAACAUGGGAAUGAGGGAGAGGAGAAAAGGUUAAUUAAACAGUGUUACUGGUCAGUGGAAGGAUCGUUUCACAAAGGUCCCUUCUGUGUCACACGGAGGGUUAUUGGAGAAACUUGGCAUGAAGGACUUCCACUCAUUCCUGCAGUCCGGGUGGGUGCUGAGCCACUCUCGGCACUGUAACCCAACAACUGGUGUAGAAGGACCCGAGCCAGGACCAAAUGAAAUGUUGUAAUGUAAAACAGGAUAUGCCACAGACCUCCUAUGCUCUUAUCGACAGAACAUGGGCUUCCACCUUCUGUGUGGAUUUCUGUUUUAAUACCUUUUUCUUCUGUUAAAACUUGACGUGUUGAAACUAGUUCAAAGUUUCACAUGCUGUUCAAACUCGGUAAAGCAAACAAGCAAACCAGAAGCAAGUAAACAGUUGCUUCGGUGUCAUCUGCUUGAGAAUGUGCCUGCCUUUUCAAGGACAAAUGCUAAACUUAAGUGAACUGCUUUUACAGGCGUCACUGAGUGCGUUUACGAUAUACAACUGAGAAAGCAUAAUUGUUUUGACCAAAAAGGCAAUAUUGUUAUUACGAAAUUGGUUUUCCAAAGCACUCCUCAGAAAUGAAGAAUUUGUACGUUUUUUAUGAGUAGAAAAAGAGAGAACUUAAUAUAUUUAUUUUUCCCAAAGAAUGUAUUACAUUGCAGUAAUUGUACAUGAUUGUAAUAUGUCAUAAUGUCAAAUGAACUUUAACACACCUUUGUUCGUUUGAAUAAAUCAGAAUAUUGCAUUCCAAA